UCAUAAUUUGGAAAAAGGAUUAUCGUUAUCACCGUUAUCUACAGAAACAGAGCUGUUUUAUGGAGGAAAACUUGUGUUUCUUUAGUUUUAACGAAGGUUGCCGCUAUGAGACUUGCUAAUAAAGAUUGGAUCAUUAUCCAAAACAUGAACUGAUCAACGACAGAAGCACUGAACAAGCAACAUGUUGGAAGGAUUGGCAGCAUGGGUAUUAAAUACCUAUGUGGGAGAAUAUGUGGAGAAUUUAAACACGGACCAACUGUCUAUUGGAUUACUCAGUGGUGCUGUGGAGCUUGAGAAUCUCCCCCUGAGAAAAGACGCUCUGAAAAAUCUAGAUCUACCAAUAGAAGUCAAGGCUGGAUUUAUCGGCAAGAUCGUUUUGCAAAUCCCUGUCCGUCAUAUUAAGAGUGAGCCAUGCGUGAUCUCCAUUGAUAGCCUGUACCUUGUGGCCGGCCCAGCGGUCAAAGCGUCAUAUGAUGAAGAGAAGGAAAACCAGGCUAAGCAGCAGAGCACGAAACAACAACUUGAAGCUCUAGAGUCACAGUGGAAAGCUAAAUUUGAGAAAGCUGCACCGGAGAGCGGUUCAUCUUGGUACGCUUACUCCACGUCUCUGUUCUAUAACGUCUUGGAGAAUAUUCAGUUGAAGGUCAGAGAUGUGCAUAUCCGUUAUGAGGACACUACGACCAUCCCCAACGAAACCUUCGCAUUUGGAAUCACAAUCAAGAGUCUCUCAGCGCAGAGUACCGAUGAAAGCUGGCAAGCUAAGAUUGUCCAGGGUGAAAAGGGAGCAACGAAAUUCAAACUUCUUCAACUGGAGAACUUUGCCAUGUACUGGGACACCAAUAUACAGCUUUAUGGUGACAUGAACAUUAAAGACCUCAAGGACGCUCUACAGAAGAGAGAAUUUUCGGCUGACACAACCACAACAAAGCAACACGACUAUCUCGUCGAGCCAGUAAGUGCGGAAGCCAAGCUCAGACGUAACGGGAGUCCCUUACCGCUUAGAUCUCGUAGUACGCCACGUUUCAUCUGCGACGUUAAUCUGCAGAAGAUACCUCUGUCCCUAUCGGAGGAGCAGUACCAUGGGACGAUCGCUCUGGCUCGGGAGUUUGAACGAAGCGGGAGAGCUCGGUUGUGUCGCCGGUGGAAGCCGGCGGUACCUGUACAGGGGCAUUGCAGUGAAUGGUGGAACUUUGCAAUAACAUCCACACUACACGGUAUACGAGAAAGGAAUAAACGAAGAUCACCUCAAUUUAUCUCACAACGAAUUCAAAAGAAUCAACGAUACAUCGGAGCAUACACAACAAUUCUUGAAGGAUCGACGCCAGACUCCGAAUCUAAGGCUUGUAUGGACGAGAUGGAGAAAGAUCUCGAGUUUGACGAGCUGAGACUUCUCAGGGAACUUACGUUCAGACAACUUGAGAAAAGAAUCUCAGCUGGUGAGGUGAUUUUCAAGAAGCCAGAGCAGGACCCUUCCCAGCAAGAAGGCUUAAUGCAGCGAUGGGUUUGGGGAUGGGGAGGGUGGUACUCUGGUGGAACAGCCGGGACUGACCAAUCAGAUGGGACCGCUUCAACUGGAACAGGAACGGCCACAAGAUCUGUGUCACCACCUCCUAUAGAUGAACAAGAGCUGAUGGACGUCAUCGGUGACCCCAUGGCCGACAGCACCCUCCUCAAACGAGACCAAGUCUUCGCCCUCCUCAAUUUCAAUCUCAAAGGCGGGUCCUUUAAGCUCUGCAGUAGCUCCAAUAGCCCCACCCACAUCACUCCGUCCCCGUCUCCGCCCAAAAGGCCAGCCGAUAACGGAGCCGCGAUCAUCGAGCUGGAAUUCGCCGGAGUGAAGAUGAGUUUGGAGUCACGACUGCGGACGAGCUCGAUGUUGUUCAAAGCUAAGCUGGGGUCGUUGUACGUUCGUGAUGUCAUGACUAAGGGCUCUCUGUUUCCUGUGCUUGUAUCACCACAACAGAAACGGGAUGACUUGUCUAGCACCCAGUCUCGUCAACACUUUGGCAUACUAUCUAAGACCAGUGUCUCGUACAUGGCGCAGAGCGCUGCCUAUCAGAGGCAAUCAUCUGAAGAGACGAUCUUUGAGAUGAGUUAUGAAUCAAAUCCACCCAACGCAAAUGCAGACUGCAGAUUGGAGAUCAUCACUCGCCCCUUAGACAUGGUCUACAACCCGUCAGCGAUGCAACGAAUUUCAGACUUCUUCAACUCACCCGCGGCUAAGUCUAAAGGUCUAGCAUCCCGUCCAUCAGAGCUCCAGCUAACCCGACUUGCAAGGUUAAGAUACGAAGAGCUGAAGAACCAGACUAAACAGGAGUUGAGGCAUACUCUGGACACUCUACUGGAAGGAGAACAGCAGAGUCAAGUGAGUCGCUGGGACAUCCAUCUGGAUAUUUCAGCUCCUCAGAUUAUUAUUCCAGACAGCUUCCACUCCAAGGACGCCACCCUGGUCGUGUUAGAUUUUGGCCAUCUUCAGCUUGCCAGUGCCACAGCGAAGGGAAACUACGCCAAGGUCAAGAAAGCUCAAGACGAUUCGCUGAUUGAUGACGGUGAUCUAGAUGAUGACUUUCUAACCCCACUAUCCACUCCGCCUAACGAACCCUCGGGGUCCGUUCACCAGACUGGUAGUACAUCAUCAUUUGAUGAGCUUCAGUCUGGUCUACAGUCUGUUGAUUUCGGGAGUGCAGUUACGGAGGGUACAAUGAGAGAUCGAAUGUAUGACAGGUACAACCUGAACAUGUCCGAUCUUCAAGUUCUCGUCGGCAAGGCAACGGAUAACUGGCGCUCCGCCCACACCAAGGGUUCCAGCCACAUGCAAGUCAUUGAGAAGUUCACAAUAUCAGUGAAAGUCGAACGACGUCUGAUGUUUACCACUGACCCCCAAUGGCCCAGCGCUAUGAUAUCGGGGAACCUGCCAAGCUUGGCUAUACAUAUCAACGAACAGAAGAUCCAGGCUUUGAACAUCUGCCUGAAGCUCAUGACGGGACCAAGCGAGGGCGCUUCGUCACCAGCCGCACCAGGAGCCCCUGUGACCUAUGACCUCACUGAUGUAAAUCGUACACACACUACAAGUUUAUCUGAGAUGGAGGCAACAUUCACACAGCGAACCCAAGCUCUUCUUGAAGAAUCCAAACUACUGGAGAUGCAAUUCUCCGUGGAUCAGUUGUCACUCAGUGUUGAGAGUAGAGGUCGUUGUAUCGCAGAAUGCCAGGUUUACGGCGUCAAGGCAAACCUUGGUAAGCAACCAUACAACACAUCAAUCUCGUUAACCGUUCAUGGACUCUUACUCAUCGACGCACUCCAGCAGUUUGGACCUGAGUUUGAGCUACUCUUAGCAUCACAUCGUGACCUCAGUUUACAUUUACCAAGUGGCAGUAUAGUGGACAGUGAACGCACCACACCAAGGUCUCUCCAAUCACCCACCUCUCCUCAGAGUCCAGCCUCUCCUGCAGAGAGAAUGAUGGAUUCUUCCAGUCCAUCAGUACUUGCAUCUGCCUUGUCAGCUAUUGGAGGUUCCAUUUCAGGGACUUCAAUUGAUAAGACCUCAGGUAGCUCUAAGCUUCAGGAGCAGCUAGUGGCAGACAGUAAGAGACACACCGAGACAGACACGGUGGGGGAUGAGGUGACAGAAGCCCUCAUAACGGUACAGGUUGAACUCAUUAGUCCCGACUGUCCGUCAAACUCUAAUAGCAGCCGAGAAGCUCUUCAGAUUGCAUCCGUACAGUUCAACAACUUGGAUGUUAUAGCGAACCAAGAAACUAUCGUUGAGCUUCUCUCAUUCUUCCAUCGAGCCUUCCCUGAAGAUACGAAGGAACCGACGUCGCAAACAACGAUGCAAGGAGACAUCUCUACAUUUGAGCUUGAGAGCAUAUCCAGCACCAAGACGGAAGUCACUGCAGACUUUCAUCGUCUCAAUGUGGUCUUAGUGCGGGGUGAAACGGAUCAAAACAAGCAUGUGAUUGGACGGAAGGUUGCCACGGCGACAGUCACUGCGGCUCAUGUUUGGGCGACGCUAGGUGGAGAUUUUCAUCUGGAGGGUUCCCUCGGAGGUCUACAGCUCCUAGAUGUAACUCCAGAGGGCAGCAGACAUAAGAAGGUCUUCAGUGUCGGUAGAGACCCCCAAGCCACUGAUGAUUUAUCAACCAGCGCUUUGGUACCUCCUAUGUCAUCGGAAAUUGGUGAUCUGUACCGCACAGCGAUGGAAAGAACUUGCGUGGAUGACUUUGGUUUAGAAGAAUCUAAAGCUUUCUCGUUCACGUUGAAGAAAACAGAAGGUGUGUGUAUGUCGCCGUUGGACUCUAGAACUCAAACACCAGGUUUUGAUGUCAGGAACGUGCAAACGAGUGACGGGUUUGACUUGACCCUUCACCUUGCGUCCCUUUGCUACACGCACGUUCCGCGUUUCCUUCACGACAUCACGCUCUGCGUGGAUGAAUUCCAAAGCUCAGCGGCCUCGCUCGCCGAUUCAAUCCAAAAAGCGGCCGCCGUGGUCGCGAUGGACUUUGUCCGACAGAAGUCCGACUUGGCAGCUUCAGUUGCGUCUCCGAUGAUGUACAGUACAAGGAUUGAGACCCCAGUCCGUGGGGGUGUAGAUGCUUCAGACGGCAGCGUUCUGGAGGAGAAACCGCCAGCGAUGGAUGUCAAGUUCAACAUGACGAUGGAAACGCCAAUCAUAAUCAUCCCAAGGUCCGCGCUUAGCUCCGAAGUCCUCGUUGCGCACCUCGGGAAAAUCUCCAUCACAAACACUGCUGUGAUUGGUGAGAAUACGAUCGGUAGUCCCGGAGAAAACCGCUCGUUCGUAGCGACUGACAACAGUGUCGUCAUGCCAGCAACGACUAAACUCUACUUAGGAAUGCGAGACAUCAAGGUGUCGUCCUUCAACCAUUUAGACUCCAAGUCGAGAGCGGGGAGCUUCGUAAGCACGGACAGUCGCGAUUCGUUGAACAGCGGGCCGAACUCAUACAAAGGAACUCCGAUCCUGCAUGAUACCUCGUUAGAGUUAACUAUUAAUCAGUUACCGGUGGAACCCCUAACGAUGCCGAGUGACUACAGCAUGGAUACUCUAGGGUCGGAUGAGAGUUUCUUACUACCCGAAGAGCCGUCACCGACAACCUUGGUUUCUGGGCGGGUGGUGUCUCCUUUGAAGGUGAUCCUCUCGAAGCAUGUCUACGAGCAGAUUCUCCAGACUAUGGAUAAUCUAACGUAUAAGGAGAACAAAGACGCCGAGUCUAAGAGAACUCCCAGCACGUCUGGCACCCCGACUGGAGGGCUGUUUAUGUGGCAGGUUGACCCAGCGGACACUAACCAACCCACCGACUCUGAUUUGAACAAAACCGACAAAUCCGACGUGGACAAUUUUGAGAAUGAAACGAAAGAGUCGCACACGAAGGUCAAAGUUGACUUUCACCUUCCCGAGUUCUCGGUGGAGAUGUGUGGUAACACGUGCGACGGGGACCAGGGACUGGUCAACCUAACGUUCCAGAACUUCAGCGUGGAGUUUGUGAAUACGACCCCGCAUACGUCGUCGAUCGACGUCACGUUGCAGUCUCUAAUCAUGGAGGACCUCCUACAACCUCCGUUCUCAAAACACCGAUACCUCAUGGUGUCGACCGGCGGACCCCCCAUCAUGACCCCCACACCCAAAAUGUUUCAUUCAAGUUCUUGCCCCUCGAUCAGCACGCUGAUGUCCCCUAUCCCAAUUCGACCGGGGUCGCUACCUUCCGCCUUAGACAGCCCCCCUGUACCCAAUUACUCUUCUUACCACACCCCUCGGUUCGGGCAGCCAGGGGCGAAGGGCGUACCCAUUGUCCCAUCUACGCCACCCCCUUCUCUGAAUGAGAGUCUGGAGAAUAUACCAGAGGGAGAUGUCUCGGACGCGUCGUCAGUCGGCAAGAAUACCCUCAUGAGAAUCAAGGUUAUGUUGGUGGACAGAGAAUGCCCGGAGUAUACUACAAAAUACAAAAGGGUGAACAGGUUUGUUGAUGUAACCUUCAACUCUCUGGACACCACGAUCAACCUUCAGACUUGGGUUGUUCUUCUAGACUUCCUUGGCAUCGGAGGACCGGCUCCGAAGAGCCGAGCGAGCCCAGAGGAGAAGGCUUUGUGGAGACUCAAGAAGAAGGCUGCUUCUAAAGCUGCAUCUUCAAGAACUGAUGCGGAGACACUCUCAGCAACUGCCGAGAUGAAGAUCCAAGAUGAAGUCAACACCGAGAUGGUGAUCCAAGUUGGCUCCCUGUCCCUCCUCCUCAACAAACCUGACUACGAGCUCGCCAAAGCCAACGUCUCAGAGGUCUCGGCUCAUCUCCUUCUCAUGGAUGGUAACAUUGACGUCAGCGGACGUCUUGGGAGUAUUUCUCUUCUAGACUUGACUCCUCACGGGAAGUUGUACCGGGAGAGGUUUAGCACGAAAGGGCAGGAAGCUCUGAGCUUCAGCAUCUUUAAAUAUGGUCAGCCAGACCCUAACCUUGAUCGUACUUUUGACUUGAGAAUUAAGCUCAGGAUGUCGUCAGUGCGCUAUAUUCACACAAACCGCUUCCAGAUGGAGACCAUCGCCUUCGCGCAGCACUUCAAUCAACUCCAGGAGGUGCUUGGAACAAUGAGGGCAGCAUCCGAUGGGGUUGAGGUUAAAGAGGAUCCUAAACGAGCGUCCCGCAUCUCCCUCGAUAUCGAAGCUGGCUCACCAGUCUGUAUCGCUCCAAUCAGCUCCAAAUCCAAAGAUGUCCUUGUAGUCAACCUGGGAAACCUAACUCUGAAGAAUGAAUUCUUGAUGGCUGGGUCUGAAGGGACGAUUGCCAGAUUACCUUCCAAAGUGGCGUCCGAUGAUGUGCAGUUCAGCAAGGAAUCAGUCAACCAUGUUUGUCUCUUGGACUGUAUGCAUCUGGAUCUGUCCGAUAUGGAUUUAUUCUCAGCAGAGAGAGUCGAACACGUUAACUUCAACGCUAGGGACGACACAGCUAUGAUCUUCCCUUCAUUCGUCAUCUGCCGCAAGGGUGGUCGUCUAUUGAAGAAUACCUGCAUGCUAAAACUCCAAGUGGACAGAAACCUGGAUGCGGAUAUCAGCAGAGCCGCACCUGAUUUUAGUGUAUCUGGAAUGCUAUCAUCCGUCCAUUGUUCCCUGGACGUUGCUCAGUACCAGUUGAUACGUGGCAUGCUGGAUCACAACCUGGGGGAGAAACUGGAAGAAUUCCAGUCGAUGCAGAGAACACAAAACCCAGUCAACCAGACGAUACUAAGUGGCCACGUGUGGACCUCCGUCUCGCUCCACGUCCAGCUUGUCAACGUAACUCUAGAGUUACUACUCUCCCACCAGCAAGGCAACACUCCCCAACACUCCCUCGGGAAGUUUGACUUCAUCGAAUCUCGCUUCUCAUUCGAGAGUUUCUCUGAUACGACCAAGACAAUCGAUCUGGUAUCCCAUGCCAUCCGAGCAUCAGACACAAGAUGGAAGGAUCAGGACACCAGCGGCAAACCCCCAAGCAAUGUAUUCUGGGAGGUUCUAACCCCAACACGUCACCAUAGCCGCAACCCCAACCCCUUACAGUUAGAGCUACACUACGCAUCUCAGCUUGACCACACGAGGGCGACAGUCUUACUGAAUAACAUGAGGGUAAUGUGCGUCAUGGACCUCUUACUAGCUGCCAAGGAUUUCCUGCUGGAGUACGAUGCCAAAUCUGUCCACUCAGCAGAUAGUACGGGCAAAGCACAUGGUGCGUCUUCCAACGGCUCCUCCAAUCAGUCAUCAGCACCAUCCUCUACGACGGCCUCUAGAGACAAACGAUCAGGAACACCGGUCAAUGUCGCUUCGGGAAUAUUCACCAAACGAGCUCAGGCAGCAGAAAAGAGUGAUAAUCCGCUGGAGAUUCGUCUGAACAUUACAGAGACUGAGUUUGUGUUGAUGGAGGAUACAGCGUGCAGUGACUCAAACUCUGUUAUCCUUAAGGCAACAUGUGCCGUACUGACCUACAAGAUGGAGAACAAGGAGAACCCAUUGUCUUGUAGUCUAGAAGGAUUGGAAGUCUUCUCUUGUUGCCUUAGCAACGAAGGUACAACAGCCUUAUCCAUCGUUGAUCCUGUUACAGUCAACGCUGAGCUUAAAGCUAAUCCCAUGAGUAUCUCAUCCCAGGGUCGGAUGAGCGGAUUAAUGGAUGUUAUGGAGGCACAUCGGACCUUAGAGGUUCACAUCCAGGCAUUGAACAUCCGCGUUUCGUAUCACGACGCUAGACUCUUCCUGGCCAUUAUGAACUCACUGCCAGCCCAGAUGCUUCAGACGGAGAACGAACAGAAAGAGGACCUGAGCACAAAGUCUCUUGCCUCAAGCACUUCUAAAUCUAAACAAGUGUCCAAGUUACAAGAGCUUGGCUUUACUCGUGAGGACUGUAAGAUUGCGCUGACGAGUAGCAAUGGGCAGCUGGACCAGGCAGCGACGUGGCUUCUGGAGAACGCUAAACCGAUGCAUAGUGCCCUCAUACCGAGACAUCAAGACGAUGAGGAGGACGGGGAAGGGGCGUUAGAGAUUGCCGGAGUUGAGGUUCGUGCUGGGUCCGUCAGUAUCUGUCUUAUUGACGAUUGCAAAGAUUCCGAUGUCCCACUCAUUGAGGUCAUGCUGCAAAACCUUCACGUCUUCCAGAAACUUCUGCCGAACAUCCAAGGAACGGCUUCAGGGACUCUGCUGGGCGAUUACUACAACAGGAGUCUGUCUGGCUGGGAGCCGUUCAUUGAACCUUGGAAAUUUAAUGUGGAGUGGAUCCAGCAAGACAAGACUGUUGAGUAUGCUGAGAAACUCUUUGUGCAGUGUAAAGUGAAUGAGCGGUUAGAUCUGAACCUGACUAGUGCUUUGAUAGAUCUCUACACUAACACCAAGAAGAACUGGACGGAGGAUUAUUACAACAAGACGGGAAAACAAGAAGGAUUUACCGUCCGACACAGGUCUCCGUUUGUUCCGUUUGCUCUGAAGAAUCUAAGCGGGUGUCGUCUUUGGUUCUCAACUCUUACCACAAACCCAAAUAGGGUUGCCAACAGUCCGACAGAGAAAUUAGCUUCCCCAUUGGUGUCCGUCGGAGGUUCAAGCUCAUGGACUGAGGUCGCCCCCGGUGAUGAAAUCGCCUUUGUAUUUGAAGAGAAGGGAAAACAACGCCACAGGAAUACUCACGAGUUACGAGUUCACCAGCUUCUUGUGAGAGUAGAGGGAUGGGAAAGAAUGUCGCCGGUCUCUGUCGACAAAGUUGGAACUUUCUUCCGUCUCGCCAAACCAGAACACACUCACAUGACUAGCAUCUUUACGAGUCAGCGGAUAGCGCGAGUUCUCUUCCAUGUAACACUAGAGGGCAGUGCUCGUAAGUUAGUAACUGUCCAAUCAGCAUUGACCGUGGUCAGUCACCUGAGCGUGCCGAUGGACAUCAAGUUGAUCAACCCAGCCACAACUGCUGAUGUUUCAGUCAACCUACCCCUCCUGUCAGCCAAUGCCAGCCAGCCCGUACCGUUAUCUCACACUGAUUGGUUGAUGUACAUGCGCCCUCAUGGUUGGGGGAUGGAGUUCUGUGAGAGACCAAUCCAUUGGCAGUCGGUCUACCUCCCUAAAGCUACGGAUACGCAGCCCAAGAAAUGCAGAUUUGGAAGUUCGGACGAUGACGGUAUUUUUAGAUUUUGCGCCUACAUUCGCCAUGAAGCCUUCCCUCAAGAUUCCAACGCCAAGCGGUCGCCAUCUUAUCUAGAAUUGUCCAGAAAGGCGGAAAGCGACGAGCAGGAACUAAAAGCUGGCCAUACCAUCACGUUGCUCCCACCGAUGGUACUGACUAAUCUACUUCCGUUCGAUCUCAAAUACAAAAUGCACAGGACUGGAGCUGUAGGUCACAUCAGACCCGGGAAGGAUCAACCAAUAUAUGAUGCUGAUCUGACUCAAUCCAAUGACAUCAGCUUCACGAUGGAAAACUUCCAAGAUUGUCACACGCCCUUAUCCCUCCCGCCCCGUCUCACCAAAGACGCCCACGGCUACAUCCUUCUAAGAGACAGUCAUCCUAAGAAGCGACGUCUCCUCCUUAAAGCCAGGGUGGAAUGUCGAGCUGGAAGAUGCCUCAAGAUUUUGAUUUGCGCUCGAUACUGGUUGAUCAACAAGUCGGGGUUGCCACUCAUAUUCAAACAGGAAGGAGCAGACUUUGAUGCCGCUGGGCAAUUUGAAGUCCACGAACAGGCUAGGAGUGUAGCCCCCUUGGUCUUCUCAUACGCUGACAGGGAAAAGGCUGAAAUGUGUACAAUGCGACUUGGGCGGGGAGUCAUAGGUUUGAAUGCAUUACCGCAUUACUGUCAACGGAUAUCACUAGAGGGAGGUUCAGGCGUCCGAUCGCUGCGAGUUUACCAACAAGGUGGACGACCUCAUAUGGUGUACCACAUCGGUAUUGACAUCCGACCCGGCCGAGGUCGUUACCAUGAUACCCAAGUUGUGACCUUUGUACCUCGAUUCCAGCUGGAGAAUCGGUCCAGCUGUAAGCUGGCAUUUGCACAACGUCAUCUCGUCCAAGGAAUUGGAUCGAGAAAUCCUAGUGAGCAUUUGUCGGUGAUGUCAGGCUCCAGCGUGAUCUUUCAUUGGCCGAGAGACGAUCUCGAUAAAUUGCUGUGUGCUCGUAUUGCGAGCGAUGAAAGCUGUAGGUGGUCUGGGGGAAUGCGUAUCGAUCAGCCAUACUCAUUUAACAUCAAUAUGAGGAGUGCGGGGAAUCUUUCAAACAUCAUGCAUGUCGGCGUCAGCCUGGUUGGAGCCACUUUCUUUGUUGUCUUCUCUGAUGCAACUCACAUGCCUCCACCUUACAGAAUAGACAACAUGUCUGAGGUGAACCUGAUCUAUUACCAGCAUAAAGUGGCAGAUAUCAACCUCAGAACAGUUAUCAGGCCCAAGGCUUCAGUUCCUUAUACAUGGGAUGAGUUGGUCUUACCUAGGGAGCUUUACUGUGAAGUGAAGGGAGGCUCAGGAGCUACUUUCAAGCUUGAUGUCCUCGGCGAUGGCGCCAUGUUGUAUUAUGAGAACUUCAUCUACCUCUGUAUGACUCAUACGUUUACUGGUUCAUCAUCAACGUUAUCGAGUAGUCUGACGUGCAGAAAAGAUGAUCACACGUCGUUGAACCUCGUCUUUGAUCUCGAUCCAAAAACCAAAGCUGUCAUCCUAAGGAAGAAGGAGCCUGGUAAGCGCAGUCAGCUCUGGUACGUGACCAAAAUGGGUACGCUGCAAAACCAAGCCCUCGUGCCACCGCGUGAUCCCAACAGAGCGCCCCCUAUUGUUCAGAAUCCUCUGGUCCUGGAUAUCGCCGAUCUCGCCGCACAUCCGAAUUCCUUCAUGCCGUUAGUGAUGAGGAAGUCUGACGAGCGAAGGAAAGGAACGCAGACGUGGUUUCCCCACGAGGGUCGUUUGCUUUGUCAUCUUGGUGGUCUUGCAGUGCAGGCCAAUGGUGGAAUCAUGGGUUUAAGAGAAGGUUGUGAGGUCGUACUCGGACCUGCCGAUGUGAAACCGGCGGACAGAGUACCGGUGGAACAAGCAAUCCACUCCCAGAAGAACCUACCGGGUAGUGGUAGUCUGAACACCAAGGUGCUGGCUGAUGGUCCAACUAGAGUCUUACAGGUUACUGAUACAUGGUCACAGCAAUUAACACCCACUGGAGGUGGGCGUGGCCUAAAGGAUGAAUGGGUCCAUGUUAAAGAUAGUAAAGAGGGCAAGUCUGGGAGGAAUGCCAGACCGGUGGUCAGAACCCCUGACACACAGGGUGACACACCCAAUAUCAAAGAAGUCGAUGUGAUUUUCUUUCUGAGUGAGGGAGUAGGUUUGUCUUUCGUCAACAGCGUUCCUGAAGAAGUGUUGUAUAUAUCUCUAUCUGGUUUUGAAGUACAGUACUUGGACACCAGACAAGAAAUGUCACUUAAAGUAGAAAUCAAGAAAAUUCAGGUUGAUAACCAGAUCAUUGGUGUCCAAAAGCCUGUCGUACUGUUUGUUACACCAUCAAAUUCAGAGGAGAAGCCAAGCAGCUCUAGUACCCCAGCUUUAUGCAUGGCUAUAACCAAGCUACCCUCAUCUCAUGAAAUGGUGGAUAUAUACAAGUUGUUUUUCGUCAACCUGUGCAAGAUGACGUUAAAUCUUGAGGAGUUGGUUCUGCUGAAGUUCCUUCAGUUUGCCGGCUUCGCUCAACUCGACAGCGAGAUUGAGAAGAUGGAUGAAAGUUACUACAACUCACUCAGACCUGUAUCAGUCGAACAGAAAGCCAAACGCUUCUUCUUCGAGACGCUCAAACUAAACGCAACCGAGUUCAAACUGAGCGUGCUCACAUCCUCCAAGCUACCACCUGACCUCAAAGCUCUGAAGACCCAGCAACGACUCUUCUUGAUUCAGUUUGAAGACGCCCCAGUCUCCCUCGAUCCUUUCACAAGACUCCACCCCUUUGAGACACAAGAGUUCUUAUUGGAUGCUGUCAUCAAGCAUUACACUGAGGAGUUGAAAAGCCAAGCUGUGAAGAUCUUGGGGUCUGUUGAUUUUCUUGGGAAUCCAAUCGGUUUGAUUCAAGAUCUACGAGACGGAUUAAAGGAGUUGAUCUUGGAGGGGAACGUAACGGGAAUGGUAAAGAAUGUGACUCAUGGAAUGUCCAAUACUGCAGCUAAGGUGACUGGUUCCUUAUCCAACACGCUUGGCACAGUGAUCAUGGAUAACCAGCAUGAAGAGAUAAGAAGUAGUAUCCGAGAGUCUCACGAUGGUAGUAGUAGCAGUCACCUUAAGGCUGGUCUCAAAGGGUUGACGUUCGGAGUGGUCGGAGGUCUGACGAGCAUCUUCACUCAGACGUACCAGGGAAUAAGUGAAGACGGAGUAGAGGGGCUUGUGAAGGGGUUUGGUAAAGGAGUUAUAGGCACGGUAGCCAAACCAGUCGUGGGUGUAAUGGACCUAGCGUCAGGCACCAUGGCCGCUAUCCGUAGCUCUACGGUCAGUGAGAGUCACCUGGUACCACAGAGAGUCCGUCUGACUCGUUGCUGUAUCAAUCCAGCUGGUAUGCUUCCCCGGUACUCACCGUACAAUGCUAGAGGGCAGGAGUAUAUACCCAAGCUGUCUGAGGCGUCAAAUAACAAAGAAAGAUUUUUCUCGAUGGAGACCCUCCGUUCUAGUCCGACUGAGGGCAUGGAGGCCUUGAUUACAAGUGAAUGUACGUACUUCUUACCUGUGAAUAACCCACUCUCCCCCGUCCUGCAAGUGAAUCAUUCUGAGCUUUUCCACGCAAGACACAUACAGCAUGGUGGGAAACAUUACACCGAGCUGACUAAGAUGGCUAACACAGAAGCAGGGGUUUCUGCAUCGCGCUACGACUCAAAAGAAAGACCAAAAGUUGGCUGUGAUAAUGAGAGAAUCGCCAAAAAGGUUUCUCAACAGAUCAACUACGCCAAGGGAUGCUAUGAGGAAUUAAAACAACAAGUUAUGAUGGAUACCUCAGAUAGCAUCCUAAGGUUGGAACUUGUGGCUGAAGAUGAUACAUGAAACAGCAGUCUGGCUCAAAAAGAAUGAGCAGUAAAAUAAAACAGCAGUAUGCGCAAGUGCUCAUGUCAACCAUACAUGAAACAGUGAGUGACUCCCUUAAAUAUAGGUAGAGACAUACAUUAAACAGCGGUAUGUAAACAUAGGAACUGUAAAUGAAACAGCAGUCUGCUCAUGUAUUCAUGUGAACUGACACAUGAAACAGCGAGUGACUCCCUGAAAUGUAAGUAGAGACAUACAUGAAACAGCGGUAAGUUUGGAAAAUUCCAGAAAAGUCCUUAAACCUUGGAGCUGUAAAUGAAACAGCAGUCUGCUCAAGUACUCAUGUCAACCAAUACAUCAAACAGCGAUGCCUCCUGAAAUGUAGAUAGAGACAGACAUACAUGAAACAGCAGUAUGCCCUUAAAAGUUCUUAAACCUAGGAGCUAGGUAUGAAACAGCAGUCUGCCCAAGUACUCAUUUCAACCAUGUCAACCAUUUGACCCCUUGCACGCGCGUCACACGCGGCGACUGAUGCCACGCUCACCAUGUUAGUGGGCAAGUUUAGCG